AUGAUUACCAAGAUUCAAGAUCCAUCUUACUUAAAUCAGGUUGCCCAAACCUAUAAAGGUGUUUUGAAUAUUGUCAACAAGCUUAAACCGCAGUCGGGAGCUUGGGUUUCUAAAUCUGGCGGAGCUCUUCACGGCGGUGCUAAAGAUUUGUCCCCAACCUUUGCUGAUGGAUUUUGGUAUCUUGAUCAAUUGGGAAUGGCUUCAACCUACAAUCACAAGGUCUUCUGCAGGCAAACUCUAAUCGGUGGAAAUUAUGCUUUACUUAAUACUACAACAUCUAUUCCCAAUCCAGACACUACGGGUCCGUAUCUUCACACGUAUAGUUGCACUUCUAUGGAACCGACUUAUGGAAGUCUUGUACUUGCCGUAACUCAAGAGUCUAACCCAAAUUUGCGUGUAUAUGCUCACUGUGCGAAGAAAAAGCCUGGGAUUUCUAUCAUUUUUCUUAACUUGUCGAAAGAUAGCUCGUUCAACGUCACCCUUCCAAAUUACGAGCACCAGAGUCGUAAUUCGAGAUCCACGGAUGUUGCGAAGCCUGAAUUUAGAGGUUCCAAGGAUAGAGAGGAGUAUCAUUUGGCUGCGCUAGCUGGAAAUAUACAAGGUCAAAUCGUGUUGCUAAAUGACGUUCCAAUGGUCCCAACAGAAACAUUCGACAUUCCGACGAUGGAACCAAAGCUUGUCAAUGCUUCCACGCCCAUCUCUAUUGCAGCUCAUUCCAUAGUCUAUGUAACCAUCAGAGACUUUCAAGCCCCUGCCCGUGCUUAA